CAGGCGGGGUUCCCGGGGGAGGGGGCGGGCCGCCCGGCCUGGCCUAAUGUGGGUGGGUCUCUGCGCCCCCUGCCUACUCAACUUCCCCCUCCAAUUCCCUGCCUCCCUUUGAUGUCCAGCAAGUGCGGACGCGCCUCGUGGGUCGCAGCGGGGAGGGAAGGGGAGAUGGGAGGUGAGCACGGGGGAGGGGUCCGGGCUAAACGGGGGGCGGGGCCCGCGGGUCGAUGCCCCACCCCCCGUCAGAGCCUGACCGCCGGGGGAAAAGCCUCUGGGCGGAGGAGGUGCUUUCAAAACAAAGAAAUGCGGCGUGGAACCCGGGGGACUGGGGUGGUGAGGAAGGCGGAGGAGGUGCGGCUGAGGCCGUCCGGCCGCCCGCUUCCCCUCCAGUUAGCCCGGAGGAGCUCCCCCCACCCCCAGCCCGGGCUGCGGUGCCGGAGAAGAGGGAGGAGGCUGCGUUAGGCGGCUGUUUUCCAGUUCACUUUUGCAGACCAAGGCGGAGAAGAAGAGCACCAGCUCCGCUGCCCCUCUUGGCUGCGGCGCACUCAGCCCCGAGCCCCGCGUGCGCUCUGUCUCGGAUACCGAGCCGGCCAAAGUGUCCGGAAACGCGCAGAGCGCUCGGAACCUGUCCCGCAGCUGUGCGACGCGCGUCUCGAGCUGGCCGCUGCCGCCCCGCCCUCGCGCUCCUUCAGCCCCGCGGGCGGAGAAGCCGGCCCGCCCGCCGGCGCCGAGCUGGGGAACUUGAACUAGCCCCAGCGGCCGCUCUGCCGAUAUCCCGCUCCAGGCCCGGGGGUGCUCCGGCUCGGGGUGGAGGGCACACCGGGGAAGUGGAUUUAGCAAACACACCUUUGUACAGACAGAAUCGCUGAACUGGAAAGUUAAAGAUGACAAAACUCAUACCCCCAGACAGGAAAGUUUCCAGGUUCCCUGAAGGACCGACAUGGGUGAUUCUAACACUACCUCCUGCCUCGUUUCUGUGUGGAAGCUGGCCUGCCGCCUCUCCCUCCCCAUCUAAGGUGUCAUCCUCCUGUAGAGCAUCCAUCUGACGGACUGCUUCCCACUGCACUUCCCCAUCCCACCCUGAUGACUUUUUCUUGCCUUAAUUCUGACUUUAGGAAUAUCCAGAGGAGGCUUCUAUCUUAAAAGUGUGUUUGACAGCUCAUGCGGCUCAAUAUUUAAAAAAAAAAACAACGCAAUCAAAAAAUGGGCAGGGGCUUCCCUGGUGGCGCAGUGGUUGAGAAUCUGCCUGCCAAUGCAGGGGACACGGGUUCAAGCCCUGGUCUGGGAAGAUCCCACAUGCCGCGGAGCAACUGGGCCCGUGAGCCACAACUACUGAGCCUGAGCGUCUGGAGCCUCUGCUCCGCAACAAGAGAGGCCGCGAUAGUGACAGGCCCGCGCACCGCGAUGAAGAGUGGCCCCCACUCGCCGCAACUGGAGAAAGCCCUCACACAGAAACGAAGACCCAACACAGCCAGAAAUAAACAUAAUAAAUAAAUAUAAAUAAAAAUUAAAAAAAAAAAAAGGGCAGAAGACCUAAAUAGACAUUUCUCCAAAGAAGACAUACAGAUGGCCAAGAAGCACAUGAAAAACUGCUCAACAUCACUAAUUAUUAGAGAAAUGCAAAUCAAAACUACAAUGAGGUAUCACCUCACACCAGUUAGAAUGGGCAUCAUCAGAAAAUCUACAAACUACAAAUGCUGAAGAGGGUGUGGAGAAAAGGGAACCCUCUUUGCACUGUUGGUGGGAAUGUAAAUUGAUACAGCCACUAUGGAGAACAGUAUGGAGGUCCUUAAAAAACUAAAAAUAGAAUUACCAUAUGACCCAGCAAUCCCACUACUGGACAUAUACCCAGAGAAGACCAUAAUUCAAAAAGACACAUGCACCCCAAUGUUCAUUGCAGCACUAUUUACAAUAGCCAGGUCCUGGAAGCAACCUAAAUGCCCACUGACAGACGAAUGGAUAAAGAAGAUGUGGUACAUAUAUACAAUGGAAUAUUACUCAGCCAUAAAAAGGAACAAAAUUGGGUCAUUUGUAGAGACAUGGAUGGAUCUAGAGACUGUCAUACAGAGUGAAGUAAGUCAGAAAGAGAAAAACAAAUACCGUAUAUUAACGCAUAUAUGUGGAAUCUAGAAAAAUGGUAGAUGAACUGGUUUGCGGGGCAGAAAUAGAGACACAGACGUAGAGAACAAACGUAUGGACACCAAGGGGGGAAAGUGGCAGUGG